GUGCCAAUCCGACCCGAUAGUUCAGUGCCGAUCAUCGUCGCGAGUGGACGCAAAAGAAACGUCUCCGAAUCAAGUCAUCUCAGGAGCGUUUAUUCUGAGAAGUUCAAGCCCAAUAAGUGAGAGUGACCAGGCACACGCGGUGCGUGCGAUUGAUUGGCUGAAAGCUGAAACCGUUGUGUAUUGUGGGAUGGGAACCAUACCGGCGAGAAGACGUUGGCAGACGAUCGUAUGGAUCUUUCCGCUACUGCUGUGCUGCGGGAUGCUGAUCGAGCGCGCCGAGAGUCAAGGUUUGUCAGUGAUUGGACCAAAAACUAUUCGACCUUACAGUAACUAUACAGUGGUGAUCGGCAACUCUCUGAAUCAGCUGAUUCGAUUAAGCGUAACACUCGAGGAUCAAAAUUCGCAAUUAUUUAGUUUCACUAAACGAACCAACGUUCAACGAAAAUCAUGCACGACAAUCCCCAUCACAGUAGGAAAUAUCUCCGACGGGGAUUACAGACUAAAAGUUCAAAGCACAGAACGGACGUUUAGUUUCGAUCAAGAUGCAGAAAUUGUCUUCGAGUCCAAAUCAAUGUCGAUUUUCAUCCAAACUGACAAGCCCGUCUACACACCAGGAGAUACAAUCCGAUUUCGGGUUAUCGUAGUUGACGCUAAUACUAGACCUGUUACUACUAUCAAAUCACUUAGUAUAGCGUUAGAAGAUUCUGAGACAACAUCUAUCAGAAAAUGGCCCUUCGCUCAGCUGAACAAAGGCGUAUUCAAGUCUGAAGUUAGGCUAGCUUCCUCGCCAAUUCUUGGGAACUGGACCAUUACUGUGAAUGCUUCUCAACAAGUUAGCGUUACCAAACAAAUAGAGAUUAAAGAAUACGUAUUGCCUAAAUUUUCCGUGAAGGUGAAGCCUACGCGGAUUCUUCUGGUGGCAGAUAAAAAGGUGUCUCUAACCAUUGAAACAUUUUACACAUUCAAUGAACCCGUUGAUGGCAAUUACGUAGCUAAGCUUUUCCUUGAUCCUCACAUAAGGAAGCCUGACUUUGAAAAAAGUGCUCGGAUCACCGGUAAAGCUUCGUUUGAGUUUGAUCUAAAGGAAGAAGUCGAAUUGGAUGGUGAUGAUCAGUACUUUGAUGUAACUGUCAACGUUGUAGUGACCGAGGCGUUUUCCAAUCGUACAGUGAAUAUUACCGAGUUAGUUCCGAUUUAUCAACAACCUUACGUUGUAACUAUUCUUCCACCCACACCAUCGUUCCGGCCAGGAGUUCCAUACGAUCUUAAAGUAGUUGUGGAAGAUCAUCUUGGGCAGCCACCGCCACUUGAAGAUGAUAAGGCAUUGAUUCAUCUAACUGCAGAAUUCUUGUUACCUAUCAACAGUGACAUAAAAUCUAUUACCGUUAAUCUAGACGAGAAAGGUGAAGGUUCGUUCACUUUAACGCCACAUCAAGAUGCUCAAGAGCUGAUAAUCACGGCUACAUAUGACUCACAAGAAUACGAUAAAAUCCACAAACAGAUACAUGGCGCCGUAUCGGAAAGUAAGCAGUACCUCAAAGUUACUCUGAAUAAAAAAUACAUCAAUAAUGUGAAAGUUAACAGAGACAUCAUCCUCGAAAUCACCUGUACAGAAACGAUGACACACUUCUUCUACAUCGUGGUCGCCAGAGGGAAUAUAGUGAAAGCGUCGAGCACUCCCGUUUCAAAUAAAAAGAAAUAUUCAUUGAGAUUAAAAAUGACGGCGGAAAUGUCACCAGAGGCCAGAGUUAUAGUGUAUUACAACAAUAAGGAUUAUCUUAUAUUUGAUGACAUUGAAUUAAAAUUUGAUGAGUUCAAUAACGAGUUCAAAUUCUUCUUAGACUCGAAAGAAUAUUUUCCAGGACAGGAAGUUCAAAUCGAUGUAUACGCUGCAAAGGAUUCGUAUAUUGCAUUCAGUGGAAUUGAUCAGAGCGUGUUUUUGGUACGAAAUAGCCCACACGAUAUCAGCAGAGAUGACGUGCUCAAAGAGCUUGCACUCUAUGGGGCAACACAACCGAACGAGUUUGAUUACUUCCAUACCCGUGGAUUAUUCCUGCGAUCUACCGCCAUUGUUGAUACUCCUGUUACACGUUCUCAAAACGCGCGAUAUGGUGGUAUACAAAAACCUAGAAGACGUCCUAUCGAAAUCAGGACAAGAUUUUCCGAAUCGUGGUUAUGGAGGGACUUUACCAUGGAUGGACGAAGAGAUUCCAGUAUUAUAUAUGACAACGUUCCAGACACAAUUACCACCUAUCAGUUAUCAGGUUUUGCUCUAAGUCCAACGCUGGGACUAGGGGUAGUCAACCAGCCAGUGAAUUUUCUUGUGAGGAAAAAGUUUUACUUGGUUGCCAAUUUGCCCUACUCGAUUAAACGUGGUGAAGUGGCGCUCAUCCAGGUCACCGUUUUCAACUUUUUGGGAAAUGACGUCACAACCGAUGUGACGCUGUUCAACAAACGAGACGAAAUUGAGUUCGUCGAGAAAGCAUCCACAUAUAAUUCACAUCGCACGAAACCAGUGAUUUCUACAACCAACAAUGGAAAGCCAGUGUCAUUUUUGGUUAAAGCAAAAAAGUUGGGACUUAUUGCAAUCAAAAUUCAGGCGACAAGCUCACUUGAAAAUGAUGCUUUGGAACAUAUGCUUCGAGUUACUCCAGAGAGCUACGAAGUGGAAGCCAAUGUAGCCAGAUUCAUUGAAUUGCCAACGUUUUCAAAAAAAGAAUUCGACAUCAUCCUGAACGUUCCCAAACGAAUCGACGAGGGCUCGACACAAAUAAAAUUCACAUUGGAUCCGGACAUUCUGGGUAAAGCCAUCGAAAACCUGCAUGAAUUGAUCAGGAAGCCUGCUGGUUGUGGGGAACAGAAUAUGCUCUAUUUUGUGCCAAAUAUUGUCGUUUUGGACUAUCUCAGCGAAACCAACACGGUAGCCGAAAACGUGAGGACCAAAGCGAUAGAUUUUCUCAGCAGCGGCUAUCAAAAUCAGCUACGUUACAAACGAUCCGACGGUGCGUUCAGUGUCUGGGGCCAAUCGCACCAGGGCAGUACGUUUUUGACGGCCUUUGUAGCGAAAUCGUUCAAAAUAGCGGCCAAAUACAUCGAUGUGGACAAAUCUGUAGUAGAUGCUGCAUUUGAUUGGUUAGCGAAACAGCAAACCCCAGACGGGCGGUUUCCGGAAGUGGGACAAGUUUUUCAUGCAGAUAUGCAAGGCGGAAUUCGUUCCAACAGUUUCGCUCUCACCGCAUACGUUCUGAUUGCAUUUGCAGAAAAUGAAGAAGUGUUCAAACGAUACAAAUCGGUUAUGACCAAAACUACCAAUUAUAUAGCAAACAAUCUUUACAAUAUGACCGAUGCGUAUGAACUCUCAUUGGCUACCUAUGGACUGAUGUUAGCAAAACAUGGCAAUCGGAUAGACUUCCUUGAAAGACUCGUAGAACUUUCAUCAUACGAUAAUAAAACAUCUGAGAGAUUUUGGGAGAGAAACCCGGUGUCUGUUGAAGUAACCGCAUACGCUAUGCUCUCGUUUAUAUCCAACGAUAAAUUAUUUGAAUCUACGCCUAUGAUGCGUUGGCUUAACAGACAGCGAUAUGGUCUAGGGGGUUUUCCUGGAACACAAGAUACGUUUGUUGGAUUGAAAGCAUUGGCAACGUUCGCUGCUAGGUCGUCUGGUGCUAAAAACGACUAUCGCGUAACAGUAAAAUACAGCCCGAACUUUCUACGAACAUUUGACGUAGACAAAAACGUUUCCAUGAGUACACAAGAGCUAGAUAUUCCAAACAAUAUCAGGAACAUGAAAGUGGAAGUCGAAGGAACCGGACAUGGUUUCUUCCAGGUGUGGUACCAGUACUAUCAAAAUAUACAAGUGGCUAAGCAUAGAUUCAACAUCACAAUUAAUCAACUUAACACGACUACCGACAACGUACAGCAGUUGGAUGUAUGUGUGAAUUACAAUACAGGAGAGGCUUAUAAACUAUCGAGUAUGGCUUUGGUGGAGAUAUAUUUACCCAGCGGGUUUGUAGUAGAAGCUGAUGCCAUCACAGAUAAAACUGGAAGAAUUCAGAAAUUUGAAAGACGCUACUCAGAUACUUCGGUUGUUGUAUAUUAUGAUAACAUGGGACCCGAAUACGAAUGUUUCAAAGUUACUGCCUACCGUCGUUAUAAAAUUGCAUUGCAUUUGCCGUCCUACAUCAAAGCGUAUGAUUAUUACAAUAAAGAUCACUUUGGCAUUAAACAGUACGAGGGAAAGGUGCUUCAGUUAUGUGAUAUUUGCGAAGACGACGACUGCGAAACAUUAUCGUGUUGAGAGAGCUCGAAAUAGAAAAAUUGUGUUCAUUCGAAAAAAGGAGAAAAUGACAAUAUAAAAUACCUGAUAAAUAAAAUAA